GAGGCCCGCCGUUAAUCCGUUGCUGAGGUGGUUAUGCGAAGACGAUGCCUUGGAACUGGAGUUGCAGGCAGUUGUGAGUUGUCAUCUCUGUCUUGGAGGAAACACUGCUGAAUCUUCGUAAAGAUGCCACCACCACUACUACCCAAAAGAUCCAAACUGGAGACUGAGAAGGCUCAGUCUAACAAGAUCACACCUAGAGAGGAGCAGCAAUCUGAAAAGAUUGGAAAGAGUAACCACCCAGCAUCUUCAUCUUCAUCUUCAACUCAAGGCACAGUAAAGAAGAGAUCAGUGUUUGAAGAUGUAACUAAUGCAUCUCAUAGUCAAUGUGUCCAGUCAAAGGAAGACAAUAUAGAGCUUAAAAGACAUGUUUCCAAAAGGACAAAAAAGGGAGUUGGUGAAAUUGCUCAGAAAAAAAUAAAAACUUCUAAGAUGGGGCAUGUUACCUCACUGUCAAACAUGGAGAAAGAGUUUAUUCUGGAUAUACCCAAUGAGCCUAAAACACUAACUACUGAGAAACCAUUUGUCUUUGAAAAGACAGUUUUAAAUGAGGAGCCUGCUACUAAAGAGACAUGCCUUAUGAGGAAGACAUUAAAGAGUUGUGCAUUUCAUCAGGAGACACUUCUAAUGGAGAAACCAUUAACCUCGCUGGAGGAGACUGAAGAUUACAAUGAGUUUGAUCCAGAACUGAUGACUUCUAAAAAGAAGGAUAAACCUGAAGAGCCAACCAUCAUUGAGGAGAUGACUGAUUUGAAGAAGCCUGUUAUUAGGAAGGUGACGCUCACCUCAAGCCCAUUAUGGUUAAAGAAUAAACAUGUUGUUCAAGAAGAGAAACCUGUGAUUCAGGAGAAGAGUUCAUUCAAGAAGAUAUCAUUAGUAUCAAAUGUGGUGACUACUAAAGAGAAGCCACCAGUCAAAAAGCCACAUUUCAGGAAAAAGAAGCCUACCACUGAGAUGAAGCCUUUGUUACAGGAGCCAUCUUCACUGGAAGAGAAAUAUAAUACUAGAGAAGAUGCAAGCAUCUUGAAGAAGCCACAGGUGUUACAAGAGAAUACAAAUAACAAAGAUGAUACUUUAACAGAGCCAGUUACUUUUAAAGGGAAACAUAGUACCAAUGAAGCAACCCAUACAAAGAAGCCAUCCUCUUCUAAAAGUAAUCCUGACACUCAGGGAAAAGGCACUAAUUUGAGGUCACUAGGAGUUCAGCCAGUCACCCAUGAAAAUGAGCCAUUGUUCUCUAAGAAGUCAACUACUAAGAAGAAAGAUUCCCAUUUCCAUGGGCCAUCUGUACUGCCAGACAAGCAUUUGAGAAUGGAGGUGUCCACUGUGAAAAAAUCCCUGGCUCUGCAAAAUCCUACCACUGAGGAGAAGAUGUUAUAUUUUCCAGUAGCUACAGUUUUGGAGAAGCAGCAUAACAUGGCCGAGGCCCCUUGCCUGAAGAAGCCCUCACCUUUAAGGAAGCAGCAGCAGCUCCCUAAAAGAAGACAUUUCUUCAGUAACUCUGCAGUACAAGAAAGAGUCAUUAGCAAGCCAUUGUUCUUUAAGAAGUCUACCACUGAGAAAGAUCCCCCUUCCCAGUGGCCAUCUGCACUGCCAAAGAAGCAUAUCAGUCCUGGGGAAUUGUCCAAACAGAAGAAGCAGCAUGUCUCACCAAAGCAUAACAUGGAGGAGGAUUCACAUUUUUGGUUAGAUUCAGCUUUUAAGAAACAGCACAGCAGGGAGGAGCCAGCCUCCACCCAUAAGCCUUUAAAGGUAGAGAUGCAGCAGACUAUUACUAAAGAGACAGGGUUCCAUUUGAGAAACCCACUAGUAUUACCAACAGUCACUUCAGGAGCAAAGUCACUGACUAAGGAGCCUCCAUCCUUUAGGGAACAAAAUACAUCUUUACUGAAAAGAAAGAGUACUACUCACACAAUAACCUUACAGCAAGCACAGUCAGAGUGGCAGGAAAUGACAGAUGAAGACAGAAAUUUGUUUUCUAUAACGCCUGGAUCACAUAGGAAGGAACCUCCACCUGAGUUCCUUCAGAAUCCAUUGCCACCAAAUGAAAAUUGCUUAAUUUCACAAAAACUAUCCCACUCAAUGCCAUUUGCCUCACAGAAGACCACCAGUCAAGAAAGAGAACAUAGGAAAGAAUCGGUAGCUUCAAAUGAUGACAAGAACUACUUCUCUCAGGACCUAUUUUCUCCUUUCAGUUCUGCUGAUGAAGACACAUUGAAAUUCCAUAAGUCUUUGGACUUGCAGGAGCAGGUUGAUAGAAAAAAUGACUCCCCCCAAAAAAUGUUUGACUCCCAGGACAGUGUUUCCGAAGAAGAGUCCUUUUUAAGAAAGCUAUUUUGUAAGGACAGAUGCUCCUCCACUGAAGAAUCAAGCCAAGAGAGGACUGUUGCUCUAGAACAGGAAUUCCUCUUAAUGAAAAUAUUGAAUGAGAAUACCAGUAGUGAUGUUGAUGAGCCUCUUAGUCAUCAGUCACCUCACAUUCAGAACCAUUCUGACACUACGAAGGAGGCCUUAGAGGCAUUGGAGGCCUCAGAAGCCUUGGAGGCCUCAGAAGCCUUGGGAGAACCUCUAAACAUUUUGGAAGAACUCAGCACUGAGGAUAUGGUUGCCCUCAUGAAGAUGUUGGUCACAGAAGAUGAGUCUACUCAAGAUGAUUUCCCUGCUGCCAGGGAAGCUCAGGCUGAGAAAUCCUUGUCCUUGGAAGAGACCAGCAUCAAUGAAGUGGCAACUUUGAAGGAGUCCUUAUCUUCACAGGAGAAGCACAGAGCAGAGCUGUUGACUGUUCUGAAGGAGCUACUUGUUUCAAUGAAGAAUCCCAGGCUGGAGAGGGUGGCCUUAGCAUUUCGGGAGAAUCCACCCAGUAAUGUAGAGACUCUCUUGAGGGAAGUAUUGGCAUUGCUGGAGAACUCUACAGCUGACGAAUCUACUCUGCAGGAGAAACCUAGCACUAAAACAGACAUUACUCCAAAGGAACUAUUGUCCUUGGAAGAGAAUUCCAGCAAUAAAAAUGCAACCCCCAAGGACUCUUUAUCCCUUGAUCAUAAGCCUGACACUGAGAAGGGUGAAAUAGCCAGAAUGGUAUUUACUGAUGAAGAGUACAACAUAGAUACCCUGUAUGAGAUGGUAAUAGCACUGAGUCAGGGACUCAUUCCUGCCGACCAGUUGUCCUUUACAGAUCUACAGAAUCUUGAAGAGACUAAAAUUGUUGAUGAAGAGGAAUUAUUCAAAUCAUUCCUUGUCUUUGAAAAUGAGAAUAGCCCUAAUAUGUCCAGCAAUGCUUUUGAAUCCAGAACAGACAAUUUCAGUGCUGUCAUGCCAAGUUCAAAGGCAUUCAAUCCUGUUGAGAACUCCAACCCAUAUGUAUCUAGUUCCAAAAGCUUUCAGUCAACUCUGGGUGGAAACGAAACUGAGAUAACCAUACAGAAUGACAGUGACAGCCUGGAAAGAAUUGAAAAGGAAGACCAUGAUCCAUUAUUGAACACUAUAUAUGCCAAAGACAUCUUCAUUUACUUGAAAGAAAGAGAGGAAAAGUUCAUAGUUCAGAAAUACAUGGAUGGGCAAAUGGAACUCACCAGUUAUAUGAGAGCCAUUCUUGUGGACUGGUUGGUGGAGGUACAGGCAUCCUUUCAGUUGAACCAUGAGACCCUGUAUUUGGCAGUGAAGCUAAUAGAUCUCUACCUAAUGAAGGCACAAUGCAAGAAGGAUCAUCUACAACUCCUUGGUUCCACUACUUACAUGAUUGCAGCCAAAUUUGAGGAAUCCUGUCCCCCUCCUCUGUCAGAGUUCCUGUUCAUUUGUGAAAAUCUUUAUGAAAAGAGUGAUAUGGCAUCCUUGGAGAUCAACAUCCUGAAAACUCUCAACUUUGACAUCAAUAUUCCCACAGCAUAUAAUUUUCUGCGUAGAUAUGCUUCGUGCAUCCAUGUUAGCAUGAAGACACUAACCUUAUCCCGCUUCAUCUGUGAGAUGACCCUGCAGGAAUAUGAGUAUAUUGAAGAGAGGCCUUCAAAGCUAGCUGCAGCCUCUUUCACCUUGGCCCUCUAUAUGAGGAAUCUCAGCAAUUGUAUUCCUACACUGGAAUAUUCCACUGGGUACAAGAUGGCAGAACUCCAUAUCUUGGUCAGGAAGUUAAACCAUUUGCUGAACUUCCGAUCCCAUAGAAUCUUCAAGAAUGUGUUUCAGAAGUAUUCUGAAGAGACCUACUUUGAAGUCGCCAAAAUCCCUCCUUUGAGCAAGCAAGAUCUAGAGAAUCUUUUGAAUUGUGAAUUAUCCCACUGAGGACCUCUGACAGCAGCUGUCAGGGCUGGGCAGAAAUACCAAUAGUAUGAAUUUAUCCAUUUAUCUUAUGCACGAAGUUUCCCUUUUGUUAACUUUUCAUUAAUAUUUUUCCUCUCUUUACUUUCCUAAACUGAUAGUUAUGGAACCUUAAAAAUAUUUAAAUUACUUUUAUGAAAGAAGAGAAAUUGUUUUGUUAUAUUUGUUUAAAAAAUUUAAUAAAAUACAAUGGUUACU